GAAAUAUGCUUAGUUCAGGAUGAAAAAGUGCACUGGACGCUCCCAGUUCUGGCACAGUAAUAAUGUCUUCACAGUGGGAGUUACACUUAGUUGAAACAGUCCUUCUAGCUCAAACUGUUGGACAGCUGUCGGAAUACUAAGUUUUCGUGAAAGUUAUUUAGCCUGAUACAAGAGUUUGAGCUGUCAAAGUGAGUUGAAUAAGACAGAGGAGGAACAGUGGAACUUACUGCCAAGCGACUCACAUUUUCCAAGAAGAUAUGUCUUCACGAGGAAUAUGCAAAGAGCGGGUUCAGAACUAAAGGCAAGGAGAAGGAUUUGGCGGUCGUGAGCUUUUGGGUAGCGUAGGCUAUAUUAUUAAUCUGUCGGUUCAGGCAGGUCAUUGCUUUGAAUAGUCAACAGUUAAAAAGUCGUCAUAGAACUUUUUUUGUUCUGUGAAAUUCAAAUGUAAAAACUGAACACCAAAAUGGAAACGUGUUAAAACGUUGUUAAUAACUAUGCUAACUUAAGGCGGAGAAUCAUGAACAACAGCUUUGAACUGGAUUUCUUUCUACCCGUUGAGUGGAAUUUACCGCUCCGUCGUGGAAUGUCAGUGGGACUGUAGCCGGAGUUAAGCUGUGCUCUUGGGACACGCUCUCAUGGAACUCCAGGUGGUAUGUGGACUGCUCUACUGCUUCCUGCUACCGACCUUCUUGCUUGCAGCCUGCCUGUUUCGCUACAAUUCCCUGUCCCUAGUCUACCUUCUCUACCUGCUGCUGCUGCCAUGGUUCCUGUGGCCCAACAAGCACACGUUACGAGGGCACACGGGCCGGUUCAUCAAGGCGCUGUUCUGCACCAGCCUGCUCUUCCUGCUGGGUCAUGUGUCCUUCCAGAUCUGCCUGUACACCCUCCCUGAGCUGGACGAUGCUCUCGGACACAACUGUAGCUCAGUGGAAAUCCUAUCAAGACAUGUUGGGGUGUCCAGGUUGCCGCUGGAGGACCUCUGGAACGUGGUCAGGCUCCUGACCCCUGACCUGGGCGUAUUCAUCAUCUCACUCGUCACCAUGGUCACCUGCAACCGUCUCGUGAAGAAGAGGGAGACUCCACCUACAAGCCAGAAUUCUGUCUCGGUGCAGGAAGAAAAAGGAGCCGAGGUGGAGGAGGAUGAAGAGGAAGGCCGGCUGUCCCCCAGUGUCGCUGACGAGGAAGAGGAGGACGAAGAGGAGGAGGGGAGCAGCGUCCCCAGCAAGGCGGCUCAGCUGGCGGCCAAGCUGCGCGCCACUGCCCACCGCUUCCUCCGGGAUCUGGGCCGCGUGCUGGCCAUCACUCUGCUGGCCCUGGCAGGCAUCACCUUGCCAUCUGCCUUCUCUGCUGUCUACUUCCUGUUGUUCAUCGGUGUGUGCACGUGGUGGGCAUGCCACUUUCCCAUCAGCCACCUGGGCUUCAACGCACUAUGUGUGAUGGUGGGCUUCUUCACAGCGGGUCACCUGGUGUGCCUGUAUCUCUACCAGAGCCCCUUCGCUCAGGGCAUCUUUCCCCCAUCUAGUCUGUGGGCCAGACUGUUUGGCUUGAAGGAUAUCAUUAAACCUGGCAACUGCUCUUCGUCUUCCUCGUAUGACCUCAUCCUCAACACAGAGCAUGAUUGGCCGGUAUACGUCAACCCCGGCAUCCUCCUCCUCCUCUACAUCACCGUGGCCAUAGUCCUGAAAAUCAGCAGUCAUGGCGGCCCAGACAAGCACGAAGAAGACGGGCCGAGUGCCAAUGACGUGGUGGUGGGUGGUGGAGGAGAGGAGGUGGAACUGCACCCCUGGGUCCCAGAGAAGAGGAACACAGGGGAUGACACCAAGCAAAUGCUGCUCUCCACCGGUGAAUCACCAACAACUGAGUCAGAGGAAGCCAACACUCAUAUGACCAACGGCUCCAGCCAGCAGGAUUUAGGCCUCGGCAGUUCCCCUCCUGCUCAGCAUGGAGACAGCCCUCUGUUCCUGGUGGGUCGCAUGGUCAUGGAGCAGAGCUACGUCUGCGCUCUCAUCGCCAUGAUGGUGUGGAGUAUUACGUACCACAGCUGGCUGACGUUCGUGCUGCUGCUGUGGGCAUGCCUGAUCUGGAUGAUGCGGGCGCGACGCCACUUCGCCACGCUCUGCUCGCCCUUCAUCCUGCUGUACGGCCUGGCGCUCUGCGGCCUGCAGUACGUCUGGGCCAUGGAGCUGGAGCCCGAGCUGCCCCAGCACGUGGGUACCAUGAGCCUGCGCCAGCUGGGCCUUGACCGGGCCCUGUACCCCUGCCUGCGCCUGGGAGCCAUGCUGCUGUACACCCUGACCUUCUGGCUGCUCCUGAGGCAGUCGGUGAAGGACAACUUCCGCAAGAAGAAGAGCAUCACUGCCCCUCUGACAGAGGUGACCACUGGAGAGGGCAUUGGGCGGAAUGAGUCUGUCCUGAAGGUCCUCGGCGCCAUGGUGAUGAGUUUGUACGCCAAGUAUUGGAUCUACAUUUGCGGUGGCAUGUUCAUCAUGGUCAGCUUUGCUGGCAAGCUGGUGGGCUACAAGAUUGUCUACAUGCUGCUCUUCCUGCUAUGCAUGUGUGUGUACCAGGUGUAUUACUCCCUGUGGAGAAGGCUGCUGAAGGCCUUCUGGUGGCUGGUGGUGGCCUACACCAUGUUAGUGCUCAUCACCAUCUACACCUUCCAGUUUGAGGACUUCCCUGACUACUGGAAAAACUUCACUGGCUUCACAGAGGAGCAGCUGGGAGACAUCGGGCUGGAGACCUUCGCCCUGUCCGAGCUCUUCUCCAGCAUCCUCAUCCCGGGCUUCUUCCUGCUCGCCUGCAUCCUGCAGCUGCACUACUUCCACCGACCCUUCAUGAGGAUAACAGACCUGGACCACGUCUCCCCCAUCCACAGGAAAAGGAACAGUCCGAGGCCCGAGGCGGUGCGAUGCACAGAUGGCGUGGGCUUUGAGGAGGAAGAACUCGGCACGGAUCUCGGAGAGGGCGAAGAGUUGGAGGAUGAUGAGCUGAUUCCCAGUAAGUGGGGUCUUGUUAUGGACCGUCUGAUGGUGCUGUUCGGGAAGUGCUCCGACACACUCACCCACAUCCAGGUGUUCAUCUGGAGAGUCCUGGAGCUGCACAUCCUCAAGAUGGUGGCCUUCUGCGUGGUCUGGGUGGCUCUGGGAGAGCCGUCCGUAAUGAACCUGGUGCUGGUGGUGCUGUGGUGCUUCGCCAUGCCGUACGCGCGCUUCAGGCACAUGGCCUCCUGCCUCUCCACCGUCUGGGUGUGUGUCAUCAUCGUCUGCAAGAUGCUCUACCAGCUCAGCAUCGUCAACCCCAUCGAGUACUCCAACAACUGUACGCAGCCUUUCACCAAUGAGACGAGUCUUAGUGUGGAGGAGAUUCAGAACUCCACGCUGUACCGAGCACCCGUGGACCCAGCCAACUGGUUUGGCUUCAGGAAAAACGCCACAGUCCUGGGCUACAUUAAGACUCACCUGCUGGUGCUGCUGCUGCUGGUGUUUGAGGUCACUGUGUACCGCCACCAGGCCCAUCACUACAAACAGCUGCAGAGAUCCCCACCCAACAUCCCCGCCCUCUUCCCCAACGCCACCCGCGACACCCUGGACCAGGGCCUGCUGACCUGCAUCAAGUACCUGCUCAACUACAGCUUCUACAAGUUCGGCCUGGAGAUCUGCUUUCUGAUGACGGUGAACGUGAUUGGCCAGCGCAUGAACUUCCUGGUCAUCGCCCACGGUUGCUGGUUGGUCGCCAUCAUGGUGCAGAGGCGCCGGGCGGCCAUCGCCAAGGUCUGGCCCAAGUACUGCCUGUUCCUGGUGAUCUUCACCAUCUACCAGUACAUCCUGUGCGUGGGCAUUCCUCCUGCCCUCUGUAUUGAUUACCCCUGGCGCUGGAGCUCAUCCGUCACCAUCAACUCGGCGCUCAUCAAGUGGAUCUACCUGCCAGACUUCUUCACCAUCCCCAACUCCAAGAACCUCAUGGCGGACUUCCUGUUGCUGAUGUGUGCGUCGCAGCAGUGGCACGUGUUUGAGAAUGAGAAGAAGGAGGAGUGGAUGGUGGCGGGAGGGGAGAACAAAGACAACCCCAACCCCAUGGAUGGCCUCCCCUUCAACCCAGCUCCCAACUUCAUCAACUGCAGGUGUUACCUGGACAUGGCGAAGGUGCUGGUGUUCCGCUACAUGUUCUGGUUUGUGCUGUCCGUGGUGUUUGUGACGGGGGCCACGCGCAUCAGCGUCUUCGGCCUGGGCUACCUGCUGGCCUGCUUCUUCUUCCUGCUGUUUGGCACCCAGCUGCUGGUCAAGCCAUCGCGCACGCGCCUGACCCUGUGGGACUGCCUCAUCAUGUAUAACGUGGGCGUCAUCAUCUCCAAGAACCUGCUCUCGAUCCUGGCUUGCGUGUUUGUAGCAGAGAUGCAGAAGAACUUCUGUUGGGUCAUUCAACUCUUCAGCCUGGUCUGCACUGUUAAAGGCUACUAUGACCCUAAUAAGGUGAGUGAUAAGGAGUGCUCUCUGCCCGUGGAGGAGGCGGGCAUCAUCUGGGACAGCAUCUGCUUCUUCUUCCUCCUGCUGCAGAGGAGGGUCUUCCUCAGUUUCUACUUCCUGCAUGUGACUGCAGACCUGCAGGCUUCUGCACGCCAGGCCUCCCGAGGUUUUGAGUUAUUCGGAGCCAGCAUCAAGAAGAACAUCAGGUUCCACCAGAAGGCAGAGAAGAAGUCCCUGCAACAGCUCAAGCGAUCGAUGGAGCGCAUUCGAUCCAAACAGCAGAAGUACAAGGAAGGACGCACAACAUCAUCCAGCUCCAAAGCGGAAAAGGCAUCAGACUCCAAGGAAGGGAAGAAAGAGAGGAGGAGCAACAAGAAGAAGUGGCAACGGCCCUGGAUGGACCACGCUACUGUGGUUCACUCCGGGGAGUAUUACCUGUUUGAGUCGGACAGUGAGGAGGAGGAGGAGCUCUUCUCAGAGGAGCAGAAACCUCCCAGACAGACGGCAUUUCAGCUGGCGUACCAGGCCUGGGUAUCGAGCGCCAAAGAGGCCCUGCGGGAGCGCCAGCAGAGGCAGAAGGAGCAGAGGAGGCUGGAGAGGGAGAGCAGACAGCAGGCCAGCUUCCAGCACUCAGCUGAUGGAGAGGACCCUGUGUUUGAGGAGGGAGCGUCUCAGGAUGGGGAGACGGGAGAAGAGGCAGAGGAGUCAGGGAGUGGCAGGGACAUGGUGCAGCGCCUCCUGGACAUCCUGCGGUUCCUGCGGGUGCUGUUCCUGGCCAUGGUGGACGGCGUGACGCUGUGGCUCAACAUGCUCACCAAGCAGUACGUGGACACCUCCACCGUCCUGUGCAACGAGCGCUACAUGCUCAUCCACAACAUCGGCCAGGGUCCACGGGAGCCCCUGGAUGACCAGCUGUCUCAGGGCAGCGAGAGCCCCACGCUGGAGACGUGCCUGGACGAGACGGAGAUGGAGACGGAGACGGACCAGCUGCACAGCAGCGGCGCCAUCAGUGGGGCAGAGCUGGAGGAGAGUGAGCUGGACACGUCCACCCCCCGUACCAGCGCCUACAUCUGUGCCACCCUGUGCCCUGAGUGCCCACCGGAGCUGGAGGUGGUGCCACGCAUGGGCCGACACCAGCGCCACUCCCGCACUGCCAGCGAGAUGCUGACCGACAGGGCGUUCUUUGUGGAGGAGCUGGUCCACAGCCGCGAGUUCUACUUGUCUCAGAACCGGCUGCUCAAGCUGCUCUUAGCCCUGUACAACCUGCUGGCGGCCAACUCCGAGCUGGUCUGCUACUUAAUCAUCGUGCUCAACAACGUGGUGACCGCCUCGGUCAUCUCGCUCGUGCUGCCCAUCCUCAUCUUCCUCUGGGCCAUGCUGGCCGUGCCGCGACCCAGCAAGAGGUUCUGGAUGACCGCCAUCGUCUACACGGAGGUGAUGGUGAUGGUGAAGUACCUGUUCCAGUUCGGCUUCUUCCCGUGGAACAGCCUGUACGAGUUGCAGCUGAACAUGGACAAGCCCUACUUCCCCCCGCGCAUCAUUGGUCUGGAGAAGAUCGACAACUACAUCCGCUACGACCUGCUGCAGCUGCUGGCUCUCUUCUUCCACCGGUCGCUGCUCAUGAAAUAUGGGCUGUGGGACCACGAGGGACCCCUGGAAGAGAAGAGCGGCCAGCCUGCCACGGAGCCGACGAAGAGAGAGGGCGAGGAGGAGCAUCAGCCCAGUCCGGCACACAGCCUCACCGCCCUGGAGGACGGCGGCGCCACCGAGACCCCCCAGCCUCUGGAGCCUGAGCCCGACAUCCAGCCCACCCCAGAGCCAACGCCGGAGCCUCCCCACGCUGCCGCUGACGCCGCGCCCACGGAACAGGGAACGGGGAAGAAGGGUGGACUGCUGCGGUUCCGCAGGAAGAAAAGCUCCGGGAAAGCAGAUGGUGCUGAAAUCAAAGAGCCUAAGAAGAAAACCAAGGGUAGACGCAGAGAGGCCACCAGCAGGAAGCUGAAGGCUAUCGGGCUUAAAAUCCAACAAAUGUCCAUGUCCGCGAUGCAGAGUAUCUACAGACCCACGUAUGGAUUCUUCCGAGACAUCCUCCAUGCGGAAUUCAGAGCCACCACAGAUGUCUACGCUCUCAUGUUCCUCACGGACAUGGUGGACUUCAUCAUCAUCGUCUUUGGGUUCUGGGCAUUUGGGAAACACUCGGCUGCUGCUGACAUUGCGUCCACGCUGUCGGAGGACCAGGUGCCCGAGGCCUUCCUGGUCAUGUUGCUCAUCCAGUUCAGCACCAUGAUCAUCGACCGGGCGCUCUACCUGCGCAAGACCAUCCUGGGCAAGCUCAUCUUCCAGAUCAUCCUGGUCUUCGGCAUCCACCUGUGGAUGUUCUUCAUCCUGCCUGCUGUCACGGAGAGGAUGUUUAAUCAGAACUCCGUGGCUCAGCUCUGGUACUUUGUCAAGUGCAUCUACUUCACCUUGUCGGCCUAUCAGAUCCGCUGCGGCUAUCCAACCUGCAUCCUGGGCAACUUCCUCACCAAGAAAUUCAACCACCUCAAUCUCUUCCUCUUCCAAGGUUUCCGUCUGGUCCCCUUCCUGGUGGAGCUGCGGGCGGUGAUGGACUGGGUCUGGACGGACACCACGCUGUCCCUCUCCAACUGGAUGUGCGUGGAGGACAUCUACGCCAACAUCUUCAUCAUCAAGUGCAGCCGCGAGACAGAGAAGAAAUACCCGCAACCCAAAGGUCAGAAGAAGAAGAAGAUUGUAAAGUAUGGAAUGGGUGGGCUCAUCAUUUUCUUCUUGAUUUGCAUCAUCUGGUUCCCACUGCUCUUCAUCUCAUUGGUCCGAUCAGUGGUGGGCGUGGUCAACCACCCCGUGGAUGUCACCGUCACAGUUAAACUAGGGGGUUAUGAGCCCCUGUUCACCAUGAGUGUCCAGCAGCAGUCUAUCCAGCCAUUCAUUGAAAACGACUACAAGAGGCUCACCAAGCACUUUGGCAAUAACGCAGUGGCUAUGCAGUUCAUCACGCUGUACAGUUUCGAGGACAUCGUGACGGCCAACAUCGAGGGCAGCUCUGGCUCGGUGUGGCGCAUCAGCCCGCCCAGCAGACAGGAGCUCAUCAAGGAGCUGCUGGGCAGCUCCGCCGAGAUGACGCUGCGCCUGGCCUGGAACUUCCAGAGGGACUUGGGAAAGGGUGGAACUGUGGAAAACACCUUUGACAAGCACUCCAUCCAUCUGAGGCCGGAGGACCCAGUCCGAGCAAACCUGGCCUCACUGCUCGUGGGCAACCGCACGGAGCCUGUGCUGGUUCCUCAUAUGUUCCCCAACUACAUCCGGGCUCCUAACGGGGCUGAGGCCAAGCCUGUGGGCCAGCUCUAUGAAGAUGAUGAGCAGGGAUAUCAGAACGUGGCGCUGGCCCUGAUGAAAGGAGGGUCGCAGGAGUGGUGGGACAUCAGCAUCGCAGGCUGCGACCCCAAUUCUAAGGCCUGUGGGGUCCUGCCCAUGGUCAUCUUCAAUGACAAAGUCAGCCCCCCCAGCCUGGGCUUCUUGGCUGGCUAUGGGAUCAUGGGGCUGUACGUGUCCGUGGUGCUGGUGAUCGGCAAGUUCGUGCGCGGCUUCUUCAGCGAGAUCUCCCACUCCAUCAUGUUCGAGGAGCUGCCCUGCGUCGACCGCAUCCUCAAGCUGUGCACGGACAUCUUCCUGGUGCGCGAGACCGGCGAGCUGGAGCUGGAGGAGGAGCUCUACUCCAAGCUCAUCUUCCUCUACCGCUCCCCAGAGACCAUGAUCAAGUGGACCCGGGAGAAGGACAAGGACUAGGCCUAGCCGAAGCCUCCGAGAAACAAAACAAAAAAAAAGACCAAAAGCCAAAACCAGCCAACCUCGCCUGUCCACUGUGCCUGAGGGUCUGGGGGCCCGCUAACGUUACACCCAGAUGGUGCCUUAAUCUUUGAAAGAGUUUUUUACCCCCGUCCCUACGUUAAAGCACAACAGCCUGCCAAUUUGAUAUGUGUGUGUGGUGCUGUAAGCACGUGCCAGGAGAGUGCUACUAAAGGACUUUUGAGAAGGGGGGGGUAUUUAACACUGAAGAGUUCCUGGCCGUUAACUCAGUCUCUGUGUUAAAACAGACAGUGAUCCCACAGGGGAGGAGAGACUGGAAGUGGAGGAGAGGAGAGGAGAAGAGAGGGAUGUAGAGGAGAGUGUCGGGGGGG